AUGCCGAUUAGCAGAUACGAUAUUAGGAACGAGUACACUUUAGCCGAUCCGGAGCUGUACCGGUCCGCCGAGAAGGAUGAUCCGGAGGCGCUGCUCGAAGGCGUCGCCAUCGCUGGCUUGGUCGGAGUUCUUCGCCAGCUGGGUGACCUCGCCGAGUUUGCUGCCGAGAUUUUUCAUAACCUGCACGAAGAUGUUAUGGCAACUGCAGCAAGAGGUCAUGGUAUAAUGAGUCGAGUUCAGCAGCUCGAGACUGAGAUUCCUUCCAUCGAGAGAGCAUUUCUUUCCCAGACGGAUCAUUCAUCAUACUUCAAACGAGCUGGUAUUGAUUGGCAUCCCAAUAUACAAGUAGACCAGAAUAUAGUUACCAAGGGAGAUUUACCUCGAUUUGUAAGGGAUUCCUAUGAAGAAAGCAGGCCUCCUCCUCGCCUGUUUCUUCUAGACAAGUUUGAUGUUGGCGGAGCUGGAGCCUGUCUAAAGCGUUACACCGAUCCUUCCUUCUUUAAAGUAGAAACUUCUGGAAUGACUAAAGCAGAUGUCUCGAGGGAAAAGAAGAUCCGCAAACCAAAGAAGAAAGGGCCACGCGUGAGAAAUAGAGAAACCCCUGCAGUUUUACCGUCAUCACAUACCAAACUCCAUCAGCUUUUCAUGGAGGAGCGUAUCGAGACUGUGGCUAGCAACUCGACUACCCACCGUGCGAAACUAAAAAGAAAGCUGAACGGCUUCCCGUUCGGCACGAGAACUGAACCGAGUUAUAUGGAGAAAUUACUAAACUACCCUUCGCUAGAUAAUAAUGAAUAUGUGAUGCCUACGUUUGAUCAUCAUCACGAGUCUGGUCUUGAAAGAGUUGAAGUACUCUCGGUGAGUCCCGACCGGGAGACUUUGGGCAGAAAAAGAAGUCCUCCUUCAUCUCCAGAUAGAGAUGAAAUUAUGUUGAAUUCUUCUAUAUACAAAUCCGGUGAGAUCGCAAUAGAUGAUACAAUCUGUUGUGAGGUUCCUGAUAUGUAUCCGAAUAGUGCAACGGGCAGCCGCUCAUCAACUCCCGAUAGAGUGUAUGGUGAAAAGGUUAUAGCCAUGGAUGGUGAAAGCAGCAGCUUAAAUGGUUAUCAGUCGGAAGAUAUCACGAAUGAGGUGGAUGCAGAUUCCGGAUUGCGAGUCGAGGAUAACCGAACAAGCUCGCAUAUAAAAAAUGAAUCUUUGAUUCCGUAUGAAAGCAGUGAAAAUCUUCAGAUAAGGUCGUACGAUUCUCGAUCGACAGUAUCGGAUGAAGCCAACAUCUCGUCGAUGAAAGAAAUGACCAUUUUGUCCUCUGAUUCUCCGAGUACCUCGUAUGAAAACCCACGAACUGGAAGAAUUUUGUCUGAAGGAUUUCUUUCUGUUGAUCCAUUCGGUCAGCUUUCAGAAACUGUAGCGGGAAUAGAAGGCACUUCAGACGGGCCUGCAUUUGGAAAAACGGACUCGAAACUAGAUGAUGAUGAAGAAAAUAAGUCUAACUUGGGCAUGGAUUCACUUUGUUCGCCUUGUUUCUCUGAAUCUGACUUACAGUCUGAAGUCGAUUCUCAAAGAUUCUCUGCUAGAGAACAUCAGGUGGAGGACCCGAAUGAUGGUGAAAGCAUAAAUUUUACGUCUACUGUUCCUUAUAUGCACCAUCAUACAGAAAAUGGUACUUUGAAUGAGACAACUUAUUCUGCAAAUGUAUUUCCUGGUGAAUCGAAUGAUGAUGUGUUUGAAAAGUUGCCAGAAGAAUUUCCACCCGAGCAUCCUGACAUUGUAUAUAAUGGAGAAAAUAUUGAGCCCAUGAUUUCAAUAGUGGAAAAUCCAGUCAAUGUAUUGGAUGAUAGCGAGCGUUCAGAUAUUCCGACUGAAUCCCCCAAUCAAGUCCCAUGUGUCACGGAGAAUUUCUUUAUGAAGAAGAAACUUGAGGAAGAAUCAUCGAACAAUGCUCAUUUUUCAAAUGAUGAAGACAGUCAUUCUAAUAAUACCUCAGUUGACAAUUGGGCUGUAUUUACGAAUUUAUUGUUUUCGGCUCAAGCAAACCCUUCCGAUAUUUCAGAUGCAGGCUCUGAUGUUAUUCAUAAAGAAGACAAAACAAUAAACGAGGCUCGUGUUCUUGACGAUUCAAGCCCCGCUGACCUGAUUUCAUCGAAUGAAGUUCAAGUUCGGUUGGAUGAGUAUAAUUUAGGGGCAGAUAAACCAUCUGAUGCGGAUAUGGCUUCUUCUUCGCCUGCACUUUUGUACGAUGUGAUAAACGUUGAUAUUUCUGCACAGGUAAGUACAGAUAAAUCGAUCGAACAUCAUAUUAAUGGGGCAGUGGACCAAAUAAGAGCAGCUUUACCUGAUUCUCAAAAAACCUUACCCGACUAUAAUGAUAAUAGUAAAGACGAACCUGAAUCGGAAAUAUCAGCUGUUAUCCCUAAUUCACAUCGUGAUUGGGCCUUGGAUUUAGACUAUCCCGAUAUAACUCAUCUGCUUGAGGAGCAAAGCAUGCCUAAUGCUCCAUCUUUGCCUUCCAAUUAUAAAAAUGAAGAAAUUGGUUUUCUUCCCAGAGAACAACUCGAUCAAAUGAGUCUAGAAGAGGUCCCAGUCGUGUUGCCUACAAAUAACCAGCAAACGUUCGAUAAUGAUGAUCGAACAGAAGCUCAAUUGGUUUCCAUUUUGCCUCCAAAUAACCCUUUCCUGGAUAAUACGAAUCAGAUAAAUCUGGCUGACUUGCCUCCAUUGCCACCUCUCCCGCCUGUUCAGUGGAGGCUUGGGAAGCUCGGGGGAGAUUCCAUCAAGCAUGAGCCAUUAGUCCCAUUGUUAUUCUCUCGCUCGGUUAUUCCCAGUGAUGAUGACUGGUCUCUACACGAGCCUCGGAUUCAAAUUCAUGACGAGUCCGGACCGGAAGAAGAUGAGAAGCUUGAAGAAAAUUCUUGUGUGGAAGUCAAUUCUGCUUGUGGGAUGGUUGACUUUUUACCGAAGAGUGAAAAUAAGCAACCGGAGUUAGUUUUGCUGGCUUCAGGGGUUGACCAUGAGUCGACAUCAACAGCGGAGGAAGUCAAUGAUGCUUGUGAGAAGGUUGACUUUUCACCGAGGAGUGAAAAUAAGCAACCAGAGUUAGUUUUGCCGGCUUCAGGGGUUGACCACGAGUCGACAUUAACAACGGAGGAAGUCAAUGAUGCUUGUGAGAAGGUUGGCUUUUCGCCGGAGAGUGAAAGUAAGCAACCGGAGUUAGUUUUGCCUGCAUCAGGGGUUGACCAUGAGUCGACAUCAACAGCGGAGGAAGUCAAUGCUGCUUGUGAGAAGGUUGACUUUUCACCAAGGAAUGGAAAUAAGAAACGGGAGUUAGUCGUGCUGGCUUCAGUGGAUGAAUCCACCUCAGCAGACGAGGAAAAUGGAAUAGGGAAUGGGAGCCGAACAGAGGAACUGCCAACACGAUCCCUGAUAGAAGAUGUUUUUCGUGCGGAAGUCAACACUGUUCGUGAGACAGUUGACCUUUUACCAAAUAGUGAGAAUAAGCAACAUGAGUUAGUCGUGCUGGCUUCAGGGAAUGAGUCCACGUCAGCGGACAAGGAAGAUGUAAAUGAAAACAUUAUCCAAGCUGGUACACUGCCAGGUUGUGCGGAAGUCAAUGCUGUUCGUGAGACGGUUGACCUCUCGCCCAAGAUUGAAACUGAGCCGCAGGAUUUUGUCGUGCUGGCUUCAGAGGGUGAGUCCAUGUCAGCAGCCAAGGAAAACGGAAUAGGAAAUGUGAGCCGAGCAGAGGAACUGCCAGCACCACCCCUGAUUGAAGAUGUUUUUCGUGCGGAAGUCGACACAGUUCGUGAGACAGUUGACCUUUUACCAAAUAGUGAGAAUAAGCAACAGGAGAUAGUCGUGUUGGCUUCAGGGGAUGAGUCCACAUCAGCAGACAAGGAAAGCGGAGUACGAAAUGGUAGCGGACCAGAGGAAUUGCCAGCACGGUCCCGGAUUGAAGAUGUUUUUCUUGCGGAAGUCAAUACUGUUAAUGAGACAGCUGACCUUUUACCAAAUAGUGAGAAUAAGCAACAUGAGUUAGUCAUGUUGGCCUCAGGGGAUGAGUCCAUGUCAGCAGACAAGGAAGAUGUUAGUGAAAAUGAGAUACGAGCUGAGAAACUGCCAAUGUCCCUGAUUGAAGAAGGUUCUCAUGUGAAAAUCAAUGCUGUUCGUGAGACGGUUGACUUCUCACUAAUGAUCGAAGAAUCCACAUCAGCACCAAAGAAUAAUGGAAAUGCAAAUGGGAGCCGGGUGGGGAAGCUACCACUUGCCCGCAAUCCUGUUGUCGAUGAAUUUGUUGCCCUCGAUAAGAUCAAGCUAAGGAAAGUAACAGAACAAGUCAGACCACAGGUACAGAAGGUCGAUGAAAGGGAUUCGAUAUUGGAGCAAAUAAGGACCAAGUCAUUCAACCUGAGACCUGCAUCGACUUCACGGCCAAUCAUUCGUGGUCCCAGCACGAAUCUUAGAGUCGCUGCAAUCGUGGAAAAAGCAAAUUCGAUUAGACAGGCCUUCGCUGAUAGUGAUGAAGAUGACGAUAGUUGGAGUGACUCGUAG